GGACCCACCGUCAGUUUAUGUUGAACCCGUCGUGAUUCGUCCUCGUUUAUUCAAUUCGCACCGCCGCUGAUUCGUGUAUAACAAUGCAUUUUCCUCAUUGAAAAUAGUCGAGCCGGUGAAUCUAAUAUAAUAUUCAUGAUAGUUAUUUUUCGCUUAUCGGUUGAUUCCUGUAUAUUUCUACUAUAAUAUACUGUACCUACCUAGUAGUGUGACUAUCGUCGGCACUCGCAAAGACAAGUGGUUAUAAUUGCUUCGUUUGAAUAAUAAUUAUUAUUAUUGCGGAAUACUUAUCAUGUGAACGGUUUGGCAUCGCUGGGAACGAUGAACCUGAACAAGCGCCGGCUGAUAUUCUGCACGUUUAUUUACUCGUGCGCCGCCAUCGGUCUCAUUGGCGCUGGCCUGGGCUCCAAACGAUGGGUCGUGGCGUCGGCUCGGCGCACUUCCAACACUACAGAGUCUGUGGGCCAAGUCAACCUAGGGCUGUUUUACGGCGAUAAGUACUUAAAUAUCGGCUAUGGACUACGGACGUACAGCGUCGAUGUGAUCGAAAUGAUGAAAAUGGAUCCGGAUAUUAUGGUGUACAGCCUAUGGGCAUUGACUGUUAUUGGGGUAUUAGCCGGACUCAUAAUGGCCGUGGCUGCAGCAGUAUUUGCAGUCAUAAAUUCAGCCAUCACUCCAAUAUCUGCGCUAGCUGGCAUACCGGGUCUUUAUUUUUGGAACAUCAGUGCAAUGUUUUUCCAACUGUUGGCCGGCAGUUUAUGGGUGGGUCAAUAUUUCCAGAGACUGCAGUACAAUGUGAUGAAUAAAGACGAUCGACGCAAUAAAUGGACGUCAGAAGGAAACGCUUCACUAGGAUUCUCAUUCUGGUUUAUCAUUCUUGCAUCCAUUUUACACAUGUUGAAUAUUUUCAUCGUGUUCUGGGCAACCAGUAAUCGCUCGAGAAAGUCACCAUCGCCAAUCAUUGAAGAAAAAACUAACGGAGCAAUCAUGCUGUAUUAACAUUUAACGCUGUGUAAUUGCCAUCAAUGUCAAUACUAAUUUAUAAAUGUAUUUAAGUGUAAAUAAAUUGUCUUUUUUAUACUAUGA